UGUUUUGGUCCAAGGAAGUUGCUGAAAUUGCGGAUUUCGAGAGUUAGUCAACAGAUAAAUAGAAAGGGUUUUUACCCGUUUUCUCGCCCUCUAAAAGCAUUGUUUAAGAUUGAGGACACUUGUAAGGUAUUCAGAUGACCGACAAGGUCAAAGUGAAAGCAAGAUCCAACGCCUUUACUCGGCGAUUUGAGAUAAACUCGUCUUCAUCUUGGGAUGACCUCGAAUUGCAAAUCAAGGAACUCUUUGAUGUGCAAGACUUCACGUUGAAAUACAUUGACGAUGAAAACGAGCUGGUCACAUUGGGAACGCAUGGUGAACUAGAAGAAGCUUUGAAGGUCACUCAGAAAACAGGCCUGUUAAGACUGGUUGUCGAUACUCCCUCUGAUCAAACCUCUGCAGCAAAAAUUGAAAGUUUCAAGGAUUUACUGGAAGAAAGUGUGACAGACACCACCCCUGUUCCUCAAGCCCCAAAACGAAAAUUUUUGUUUAAUCCCCCUCCUCAAUCUGAACCAAACAGUGGCAUUAAAACAGCUAAAAUGGAUGACACCAAACCAAUGGAAAGUGAGAUUGUAGCAGCUUCAACUUCUGAAGAUGUUCCAAUAUGUUCUGGUUUUAAUGAUGACCCAUGCAAGACCACAGAUAGCGGCAAAUUGCCUCCAAAAGAGAAUGAAGCACGAAGUAGUGGUGAGGGAGCUGAGGCUGCCGAUGAGAGCAUGGCAGGAUUGCAAAUGCAGAAUCCCCUACCAACAGGGCAACCUCCCUCCGAGAAGAUCCCUGAUGAGUCUCUGCCAAGGGAGCAAUACAUCCCUUUGGUCGAACUGAUGCAGCCACCCCCUAAGCCUGCACCCCAGAGACCUCCGCCACCAGCAAAACCCAGAAAGGUUCCCAAAGGACGUAAGGGCAAAGGUUGUUAUCACCAGCUGGCUGAGAGUCUUGCUGUUGAGCUGCAAGCCAUCAAUGAGAAGCUUGUGAAUGACAAGCUACGUUCUCUGGAAGUGUCGCAGGUCAAGGAGCCAGGUGAUGUACAGGAACUCCCUGGAUUGGAGGAAGAUUCAUAUGUUUUUGUUAGCCAGCAAGGUGACGACUGUGAACUAGAAGAAGCUUUGAAGGUCACUCAGAAAACAGGCCUGUUAAGACUGGUUGUCGAUACUCCCUCUGAUCAAACCUCUGCAGCAAAAAUUGAAAGUUUCAAGGAUUUACUGGAAGAAAGUGUGACAGACACCACCCCUGUUCCUCAAGCCCCAAAACGAAAAUUUUUGUUUAAUCCCCCUCCUCAAUCUGAACCAAACAGUGGCAUUAAAACAGCUAAAAUGGAUGACACCAAACCAAUGGAAAGUGAGAUUGUAGCAGCUUCAACUUCUGAAGAUGUUCCAAUAUGUUCUGGUUUUAAUGAUGACCCAUGCAAGACCACAGAUAGCGGCAAAUUGCCUCCAAAAGAGAAUGAAGCACGAAGUAGUGGUGAGGGAGCUGAGGCUGCCGAUGAGAGCAUGGCAGGAUUGCAAAUGCAGAAUCCCCUACCAACAGGGCAACCUCCCUCCGAGAAGAUCCCUGAUGAGUCUCUGCCAAGGGAGCAAUACAUCCCUUUGGUCGAACUGAUGCAGCCACCCCCUAAGCCUGCACCCCAGAGACCUCCGCCACCAGCAAAACCCAGAAAGGUUCCCAAAGGACGUAAGGGCAAAGGUUGUUAUCACCAGCUGGCUGAGAGUCUUGCUGUUGAGCUGCAAGCCAUCAAUGAGAAGCUUGUGAAUGACAAGCUACGUUCUCUGGAAGUGUCGCAGGUCAAGGAGCCAGGUGAUGUACAGGAACUCCCUGGAUUGGAGGAAGAUUCAUAUGUUUUUGUUAGCCAGCAAGUAUGCUUUGACCUANUGUUUCUGUUGUUCUCAGUUGUUCAUAAAGGUAUAGUCUGUGCUGGGUGUAGCCACGCUAUUGCUGGAAUUCGAUACAAAUGCUGUUUCUGCACAGAUUAUGAUCUCUGUGAGGAUUGUGAGGGAAAGGAAGGAAUUCAUGAUCCCAGUCACUUCUUUGCUAAACUGCGACACCAUGUGCCUGGAAUUGGGCGAAAGAAUGGAGAGAUGGUGCCAAUGUUGAAGAAGUUUGUGUACAGAAUGGCGCUAAAAGAAGAGAACAAGAAUGACAGGAAAGAAGAGAAAAAAAGAGAGAAAGAAGACAAAAAGGAAAAGAAGAAGGAAAAGAAGUUAGCAAAGGCAGCCAAGAAAGAAGAAAAGGAAAAGAGAGAGAUGAGAAGGAAGACCAGGAUGGAACUGAGACAACUGCGCCAAGAGAGGGAUUCUGCCACCACCCUUGAGAGGUUGCAAAAUUGUCUGAAUGCUGAGUUCGUAGCAGAUGCUAGCAUUCCUGAUGGAACGGUGUUGAAGGGAGGAGAGAAGUUUUUGAAGCGCUGGGUGGUCAAAAACAAAGGACGCAAAUGGAAUGCAAAGACAGUGUUGCAGUGUGUAGAGGGUAAUAUCUUAGUGGCUUCAGGAGAGAACAAAAUGGAGGUGCCACUGCUCAAACCAGAUGAGCAAGGUGAACUUGCAGUACCCUUCAUUGCACCAGCUACCCCUGGCCACUAUGAAAGUAAAUGGCAGCUAUGUCACCACAGUAUUCCAUUUGGUCCUUUGUUCUGGUGCCAGAUUGUGGUUGAUGGAGAGAAUGUGGAACAUGAAGUUCCAUUGAUGCAGAACACAUCCACAGAGACAGGACCAGCACAAUAUCUCAGCCAUGACAAUACCACCCUAGUCAACAGUGCAUUCCCUGAACACACCACCUCCCCUGUCAGGAAACUUGUGGAAGACAUAGUUCCCCAGGGGUUGGUGGCUGAGGAACCAGACGAAGCUUCAGGAUCGGAUGCAUACCUCAGCUCUGAAGAUACAGCAGAGUUUGAGAAGAUCAGGAUGCCGUUACAGUCAGUGCUGAUGGCAAGUCAGGCUGCUCAGCCUGCGGAGCUGGAGUGGGAUGCUGCAGGGUGUGUCCUUGAUUCGGAGAUAAGUGAAAGAGCUCAGAUAGAAGAGCUUGUGGAGUGUGCCACAGAAGAUGCUGUAAGUGAUGUUGAAAGCAUCUCCAGCGAUAUGUCAGAUGAGUUUAUGGUGGUACCAGUCCCUCCCUGCUUUGAUCCAGAUGCCCCCCUGACUGCAGACCCAUCUCCUGUGACUGUCAGCAUUACAGAGUACAAGCAACUGACAGAGAGUCAACAAGGGCCUUUCUUAUUCAGUGACAGCAAUCAGGCUACCCUUCAAACCGAGAUCAAGAGUUCUGGUAGUGCCUCUUUCAUUGAACAAAGGAGUGUCAGCAGCAUUGAAACAACAUUAGAGAUGACAUCAAGGGUUACUGCAGAGGAAGAAAAUAAUAUCUUUGAUUUGGCUAAUGAGACAAUCCCACUGCUCUCUGAGCCACUGAUUCCGCAACCAGUGCUGGAGACCCCCAUAAAAAUGGAAGCCUCGCCUACAGAGAUGAUCCCCGCUGAACCUUAUCUGCCAAUUACUGUUGAACCCCUGCCUGCUCCAGAACCAUUGCAUGAUGACAGUCAUGGUGAUGAUGAUGAUGAUGAUGGUAGUGAUGACGACGAUGAUCGCAACAGAAACCACAAUGAGCCAGCUGUACCAGAAGUGAGCUCACAACCUAUUGCAACCCAACCAUUAUCUGGCCUCGAUGAGCAGUCCCUGUUGCACUGCAGCCAGAGCCUUCAACACUUGUAGUCACAGUUCCGACAACCGUUCCUGCAAGCGAAGUCCUUGUUGUCCAACGUGCCCGACAUAACAGCAGCAGCAGUGAUUUUGCAGCCA